UCCAUUUCAGAGAAAUCAGACAAGGCGCCUUGUCAGGAAAACGCUGAUUCAUUUCAAAGUUACGAGGAAAGAGGUACCAAACACGUUGCUGUGGAGGAAACCAUGUUGCCAAUCUUCGAGUUUAUUGACGAAAAUGUAAUCGGGGGCAAGACAAGUUUUGAAGGACCUUAUGGGCAAAGAAGAGUUAUCUAUUGCGAUUACACCGCGUCUGGAAAGCCCCUCCGAUUUAUCGAAAGAUACAUAAGGGAGUUUGUUUAUCCCUUUUACGCCAACACGCACACAACUACGAGUGUGACGUCACGACAAACAACAAGAUUUAGACAGGAAGCACGGGAAAUCAUCAAGAAGUGCGUCAAUGCCGGGCAAGACGAUGUAGUUGUGUUUACUGGUAGUGGAGCUACUGGAGCUAUCCAUAAAUUAAUCCAUGCUCUACAGUUAACAGGAAAAGUUGUUGACAAAACCGUUGUGUUCGUCGGUCCGUUUGAACAUCACUCAAAUAUCUUACCGUGGAAAGAAACAGGAGCGAAGAUCAUCAGAAUACAUGAUAAUGACCAAGGCACAGUAAAUAUGAAGAUGCUUGAAGCCCAACUUAGGAAAUAUCGCUUAGCAGAAUACAAUAUGUACGUGGCGUUUUCAGCUGCCUCUAAUGUGACUGGAAUCCAAACAGACACUGUUGCUGUGGCUGAACUAUGUCAUAAAUAUGGGGCCUUGUCUUUCUGGGAUUACGCAUCGGCAGGUCCAUAUCUCAAGAUUGACUUGAACCCAACACUCACCGGGUACAAAGACGCCGUCUUUCUUUCUCCUCACAAAUUUGUGGGGGGACCUGGAACUCCAGGCUUACUUAUUGCUAAAAAGAGGCUUUUUCGAAAUCCUGUGCCUGGGGGAUGUGGAGGAGGAACAGUCCUCUUUGUGACACGUGAUACACAUUUAUACUUGAAAGACAUUGAAGAAAGAGAAGAGGGAGGAACACCAGCCAUAGUAGAGUCAGUACGGGCCGGUAUGGUCUUCCAACUUAAAGAGUCUGUGGGGACAAAAACUAUUGAAGACAGAGAGGAAGAGUUAUGCAGAAAUGCCUUUCAAGUGUGGGGAAAAAAUCCAAAAAUAACAAUUUUGGGGAAUGAGAAGGCUCGUCGCCUGCCGAUAUUUUCUCUGCUGAUACAUCAUCCUGAUAGUGGAAAGAUUUUGCAUCACAAUUUUGUCUCUGUAUUACUUAACGAUCUUUAUGGCAUCCAGGCUCGCGGAGGAUGCGCGUGCGCAGGGCCCUAUGCACAGGAUCUUUUGGGAAUAAACGAGACUAUAGCAAAGAAAUUUACCUGGUUUCUUGAGUCUCAUGAAAACGAAGAUGUGGAACUCUCAUGUAGAGAACCUCUGGAGAUCAUGAAACCAGGGUUUGCCAGAGUCAAUCUGCCUUACUUCAUGGAUGACGAGACAGUGCAUUUUGUGUUGGAAGCAGUGGACAUGAUAGCCACACAUGGCUGGAAAUUGUUACCACAGUACCGGUUUGAUCCACACACUGGCGCCUGGGAAAACAGAUAUUUCAGUGCAGACAAAGCUAAACCACCGUUCAGUCUCCAUGACGUUACUUAUGACGAGAUUGGGGUAGUAAUGAAAAAUACAGGAAAACCACUUGAGCUCGACGUCAGGCUUGAGGACAUAGCUCAAGCAGCAAGCAAAAUCUUAAAAGACGCAGUUGAAUUGAAUAAGGAAAUAAACACCCUCGACGACGAAAGGGUAGAGUUCAAGGACGAUAAAAACCAGUUAAUCUGGUUUUUGCAACCCCAGGAGGCACAGUUUUACUUGGCGGCCGAGACAUUGAAGCACAAACCCAACACAUUUGUGAGAACAAGACUUCCAUUUAAGCCACGAAAAUCCUCGAGAGCCACGAGAAGGUGGCCAGAGAUUAAAGAAAUUCAAGAGUACCUUAAAAAACUAAAGGAGUUAGAAGUUGGCGAGGAAGAUAUUCCUCAGUUGCCAACGGUUAAUAAUAACACUACGGCUAUGAACAAAAAAAUAGACGGCGACCAUCGCUUUAUCAUCCCGCGUGAGGUUUGGAAACCACAAGGGAAGUCUGAAGAGUUAAUUGCGAUAGGCAAAAAGCGAUCAAAAGUUUGUUGUAUACAAUGACAGUUAUUUCCUAUCGGAAGCUCCACCACUUUAUUGGUCUAUGGAGCGGAAACGUAGGUAGAACAUGACAAGAAUGUAGAGUAUUUAUGUCUGAUUUGUUUUGUGCCCUUUUUAUUAACAUAUAGAUAUUUAGUAGCUAUAUUGCAGAGGUUAUCACGGUGUGGUUGAAUUUAUUUAAGCUCGUGACCCGCUCGGCCUGCUUUUCAUACUUGUAAAUAAAAGAUAAUCGACUG